AAAUUCGAAUUGAAUACAUCUCCGUAAUAAAGAAAAAAGAUGAGUACGYAAGGAUAAUUUCGUAAUUGAGAUAUAUAAAAUAAAAAAUACAAAGUCCUCUGGCGGUAAAUCCAGAAACUGCUGCGAAACACACUCAAUCUCGAACCUAUAAAAAACCUACCUUUCGUCUCUCCAUCUUGGCCUCGUAAUUUCGCUUUCAACUGAAAUCAUCUUGAAAUCUCCUUCCCGAUAAGUCUUCUUUGUUUCUGUUCUCAUCUUCUUCUAUUUUCUGAUUUUCUCAUUUCUGUGUAAUCGAAAGAAUGGAAGCUUUUUCAUCUUUUUCUCCGUUUCAGUCCACAUCUCGGGGUGGCUGGAGCUAUGAAUCCCUAAAGAAUUUCCGGCAAAUCUCUCCGCUCGUUCAGAACCAUCUGAAACAGGUUUAUCUUACGUUAUGUUGCGCGCUGAUAGCUUCGGCCAUAGGAGUUUAUUUGCAUCUCCUUUGGAACAUUGGUGGCUUGCUGACAACGCUGGGAUGUAUGGGUAGCAUCGUAUGGCUACUCUCCACUCCUCUAUAUGAAGAGAGGAAAAGGGUGGGUCUCUUGAUGGCAGCGGGUCUCUUUGAAGGGGCUUCUGUGGGUCCUCUCAUUGAUGUGGUUAUCCGCAUUGAUCAAAGAAUUCUGAUUAGCGCAUUUGUGGGGACUUCUGUGGCCUUUGGAUGUUUCUCAGCUGCAGCCAUGUUAGCCAGGCGUAGGGAAUUCCUUUACUUGGGAGGUUUGUUGUCUUCUGGCUUGUCCAUUCUCUUGUGGUUGCAUUUUGCGUCCUCCAUCUUUGGAGGUUCCACAGCCAUUUUCAAGUUUGAGUUAUAUUUUGGGCUUUUGGUGUUCUUGGGGUACAUGGUGGUGGACACCCAGGAGAUAAUUGAGAGGGCACACUUGGGAGAACUUGACUACGUAAAACACGCCUUGACUCUCUUCACCGAUUUUGUUGCCGUUUUUGUCAGAGUUCUUGUAAUCAUGUUGAAAAAUGCCGGUGAAAGGGAGGAGAAGGAGAAAAGGAAGCGGAGAAAUUAAUCUUCAUCAGAGUACUUGCGAGCUUAUUAUUAACACAUUGCAUAUAUACACGAGCUCAUAGUUUUGGAAUGUUCAAAAAAUCUUAUGCAAAUGAUGUUGAAAAGUCAGUUCUAAUCGCUUCAAUUAGUUGAUAAAUUUGUAUGUAGUUGGUAAUUUCAAAAAUCUUAUGAAAAUGAUGUUGAAAAGUCUGUGCUAAUCUCUUUAAUCAGUUGAUGAUAAAUUUCUAUGUAGUUGAUAAUUUCAUAUA